GGUCGGUGAAAGGAUUCCCUUUCAUCAGGACCUCACCACUUCUUGACAGUUCAGUCACACCGUCAGGAGUUCACCUGUGGGAUGUUGUGUUAUCCUUUUUCGUGGACAUUUUAAAUUCGGAUUCUUUUGUAGGCUAUUCCCAGUAGCAGCACAAAAUAUGGGGAAUAACGAAAGCUCGCUGGAUGACCUCUACGCAUGCGAAAGUCAUCAGUGGUACAGGAAAUUUAUGACGGAAUGUCCGUCGGGACUUCUGACUUAUUAUGAAUUCAAACAGUUUUUUGGUCUGAAAAAGUUGUCGGAGAGUAGCGACGCAUACGUCCGGUCGAUGUUCUCAACCUUCGACAUGAAUGACGAUGGCUUUAUUGAUUUCAUGGAGUACGUAGCAGCCCUGAGUCUGGUGUUGAAAGCGGGUGUGGAGCAGAAGCUGCGCUGGUACUUCAAACUAUAUGAUGUUGAUGGCAGCGGUUGCAUUGACCGUGAUGAACUGCUCCUCAUCAUAAGAUCCAUCCAUGCCAUCAGCAGGACAGACGAUCAGAUGUCUGCUGAGGACUUCACUAACAUGGUGUUUGACAAAAUUGACGUCAAUGGCGAUGGUGAACUUUCCUAUGAGGAGUUCAUGGAGGGCAUCCAGAAUGACGAGAUGCUCCUGGAGAAAUUCACAGCGAGUCUGGAUCUCUCUCAUAUAGUCAGCAAGAUCCACGGAGAGAUGGUGUAAAAAACCAUAGACCAUAGGACCCAAAGGAUCAAGAGAGUGCCUCCAUCCAAAGCUUUAGAGCAGCCAAGACACACAUACAGAGAGAGAGAGAGAGAGAGAGAGAGAGAGAGAGAGAGAGAGAGAGAGAGAGAGAGAGAGAGAGAGAGAUCAUACAUUGAGUGAAUGGGCCAAAUGAUUUGGUUGUGACAACAACCAAAUUGCUUUUUAGCAAAUAUUAUCUCAAUUAACUAGUGUGAGGUAUGGUCUUCGUUCAUUAUUAAUGCAUGGUUUCUACUAGUUGCCAAAUAUGGUCAAGGAUGUCAACAUGGGCUCAGGCAAAGAUGGAUCAUUAAGAGAGAGAGUUUGCAUAAGUUUUGUAUCAACACUUGAAAAUACAUUAAGCCUAUAGGUUAAUACAUUUUAUUUUAUGCAUUUUCUUAUGUCACUGGUUCAGAUCAGAUUUUUUUUCAAUGCCCACAGAUACACAUGGAUAAAAGCAAUGAACAAUAGAUGUUCUCUGCAAACAAAAUGCUCUUUUAAAUUGUCAGCAUUGAAAGUCAUCUAAAGUGCACUUAACUCUGCUGAAGUUAGAGCCCCAUGUAAAUUGAGAAAGUAGGCCUACAUCUGACAUUACAAAUGGAGGUUUUGCUGGCCUUCCUGGAUUGUAUGAUUAGGUGUUCGAGAUUGCAGUUUUUUGUAUGUGUAAAUAUGAUUUAUACCUGGUCAAAACUGAUUGCAGUCCACAUUGCAGUUAGAUUUCAAAAAAUAAGCUAUUUAUUUUGAGAUCAUAUGU